UCCCCCCCAGCCUGAACCCCUCAACCCCCGCCAGCCAUCUCCUCUCUCUCUCUCUCUCUCUCUCUCUCUCUCGCCUGUCUUCAUGUCGUGGAUUGAUGAACGCGAAUCGCGUGUAAGCGCCGCCACCGCCGGGAGUCUGAGGAAUUCGCCUGGGCUGUUAAAGGGAAGAGCGAAGUGAGGAGAGCGAGCUCUACCUACCGUCAGUGAAGGGAGCCGCCGCCGCCACCGCCGCCCAGCCGGGAGCUCGCGGAGCCGGCCGGCCGGCACCCAGGCCCCCACCUGCCCAGCCCGGCCCCCAGCCCAGCCCAGCCCAACCCAGGGGGGCCAGCCGGCCUGGGGUUCGCUCCCGGGGGGAGGGGAGUUUCGGGGGUACCGGGCGGGGGAGUCGCGAGCCAGAGGGGAGGGGGCCGCGGGUUUUCAUGUACCCAGCAUGAGCUCCUACUUCGUCAACCCCCUGUUCUCCAAAUACAAAGGCGGCGAGUCCCUGGAGCCGGCCUACUACGACUGCCGGUUCCCCCAGAGCGUGGGCCGGAGCCAUGCGCUGGUGUACGGGCCCGGCGGCUCGGCGCCCGGCUUCCAGCACGCCUCGCACCACGUCCAAGACUUCUUCCACCACGGCACCUCGGGCAUCUCCAACUCGGGCUACCAGCAGAACCCCUGCUCGCUGAGCUGCCACGGAGAUGCCUCCAAAUUCUAUGGCUACGAGGCGCUCCCCAGACAGUCCCUUUAUGGGGCUCAGCAAGAGGCGAGCGUGGUGCAAUAUCCCGACUGUAAAUCCUCCGCCAACACUAACAGUAGCGAAGGACAAGGCCACUUAAAUCAAAACUCGUCUCCCAGCCUCAUGUUUCCAUGGAUGAGACCCCACGCUCCGGGGCGGCGCAGCGGAAGGCAAACUUACAGCCGAUAUCAGACCUUGGAACUAGAAAAGGAGUUUCUCUUUAAUCCUUAUUUGACACGAAAGCGCCGGAUUGAAGUCUCUCAUGCCCUGGGACUGACUGAGAGACAAGUGAAGAUCUGGUUCCAGAACCGAAGGAUGAAAUGGAAAAAGGAGAACAACAAGGAUAAACUUCCUGGAGCCCGAGAUGAGGAGAAGGUGGAGGAAGAAGGCAAUGAGGAAGAGGAGAAAGAAGAGGAGGAAAAGGAAGAAAACAAGGACUGAGCAGAAAAAGAGAGGGACCCCCUCACACACACCCUUAGCAACUCCCUUGAAGUUUUGUUUUAUGGUAGCGGAUAAAUUGAGAAGUUUACGACUGUCAUUUGCUUUUAUAGAGAAUAGAAUGACACUCACAACCCUAACUACCUGUCAGAUACUCGCAGCUCUGGUUUUAUUACCUUUGGACUUCCCCCCAUCUUUAUUUGUUUGGGGACUGGAGGAGGAAGCCCAGCCCCAGACACUGCAGAAAGUUCGGGCUCCGUCUUAGUCCCCAACACAUACUUGCCCCCAUCCCACCCUCACCUGCCACCAGGUCCUUCCUGGGUGGAGGGGAGGUUUGAGAUUUGGCUUCUGUGCCUCCCUCCCCUCAGUCCCCUUCUUACCACACUGCACCCCCCCUGCUUCUCUGCUAUUUAUUUUUAGAAGGGAGCCCCCCAAGUGUGUGUGUGUGUGUGUGUGUGUGUGUGUGUGUGUGUGUAUAGGCAUGUGGUGGGGGAGACCCAUGGCUUUGUUUUUUUGCUAGGGUGAAUUUAUUAGAUUGACUUUUUUCUUUCCAAAGGAAAGGGAAGAAAAAAAUCAAAGAAAGGAAGGAGAAAAAAAAUAAAAGAGAAACUGGAAAGAGAGAAGAGACUGAUAGGAAGGAAUAACUCUUCUCCCUCCUUGGGGCUCCCCUGUUUAGAAAAAAAAAGGCCCCCUUGACUUUCUCUGGGAAUCUGAGGGAUGCCUGAGAAAUGUGUGUCUCUCCCCUCCCCACCCCACCCUCCAGGGGUAGCUUGGAGCCUGUAGUUGCCCAAAGGGGGGGUGGAAAAAAUCCUACCUAGCCAACCCAUGGCCACUCAGGCCUAUGCCUGCCUUCCUCCCCUCCCCUCGCUGUCAGAUUUCUGUUGCUGGGCCCAGCUUCCACUAAGCCAAAUUAGUCUUAGCGCUCAGAAAUCACCCUGAUCAUGAAAACCAAGUAUGAUGAUAAUAUUAGUACCGAUGAUGAAUCUUUUAACAUACUACCUAAAGGGAACCUGCAAUAAUCUUGAACCAUGAAAAGAAAAAAAAAAUCCUCAUAGAGAGAAAAAAAAAAAAGAAAAAUUCAAAAGAAAAAAAAGAAAGAAACCUCCAAUGUAUUUUAUCACUACCUAUAGAGAGACAUCCUGCUUUGAGAGCAUUUGUAAUGCAGUUUUGUCGUCGUUUGUUGCUGCUUAUUUCACUAAGAAAAACCCAACAACUAAGACUGCCUAUCCCGCCGGUCCUGUGCGCUUUUAUUGUGCUUCUAACCCCAGUAGAGUAGAAUUAAAUUGCACUGAAUGUAUAGUUAACUCUGUCUUGAAUUCUCUGUUUAUGCAAUGUGCUCGAAAGAAAAAAAUGUUGAAAAAUAUAUCUAUAAUAAUGAUUUUUUUUUUUGGUCCUUGGUCUUUCUGUCCAGCUAUGAAUGUAGACUUUGUGUCCCGGCAGCCCUAUUCCUGGUCCAAGUACUUUGUAUUGUAUACGUGAGUCAUAAUAAAAAAGAAAGAAAAAAAAGGAGGAAAACA